AUGUUAGAUUUUGAUGAUGAUGAUGAUGAUGAUGAUACAAAAGUCCCUCAUUCCUUUGAACAUGAAUCUGGUUUCCAGACAGCUUCUGGAAAAUCUAUUGACACAACUGAAGAUGCUCAAUCACAUGCUCAAACUCUUCUACAUUCAGAAAAUAAUGAUACAAACUUUGGUAAUGAUGAAGCAAAAAUUUGUGUCGAAUCCAAUGUUCCUGACUUCGAUUCCAAAAAUGCCUUUCAAACUGCUUCUGGUAAAAAUGUCAGUGUUAGUGUUAAAUCACUUCAAAAUGUAAGCAAACUUUUUAUUGAAGAACCAUCAUUUUUGCCAGUGUCAAAAACAAAUAAUUUAUUUCAAACAGCUUCUGGCAAAAGUGUCAAUGUAAGUGCUAAAUCACUACAACUAGUGUCAGAGUUUUUCAAUGAGGAACAUUCCAAACCAAACAGUCAUACUUAUGGUAAAAAUGUCAGUGUUAGUGCUAAAUCUGGUAAAUGUCUCAAUGAGGAUGCUACUCUCACGUCUGACUCAGAGAUGAACAAUCUUUUUCAAACUGCUUCAGGCAAAAAUGUGACUGUUAGUGCUAAAUCUGUUGAGAGUGUAAGAGGUGUUUUUAAUGAAAAACCUUUGCUCCAGUCCAACUGUAAAAUGGAUAAUCUUUUCCAAACAGCAUCUGGGAAAAAUGUGAGUGUUAGUGCUAAAUCUCUUCAAAGCGUUUCCAACAUUUUUGUAGAGGAUGCUACUGAGAGAGAUUCAAUAACAAACAAUCUCUUCAAAACGGCUUCUGGGAAAAAAGUGAAUGUUAGUGCUAAAUCACUUCAAAGUGUUUCCAAUAUAUUUAUCGAAGAUGCGUCUCUUGAGCAAGAUUCAAAAACAAACAAUCUUUUCCAAACAGCUUCUGGAAAAAAUGUAAAUGUUAGUGCUAAAUCACUUCAAAAUGUGUCCCACAUUUUUAAUGAGGAGUCAAAAACAAAAAAUCUUUUCCAAACUGCAUCUGGGAAAAAUGUGAGUGUGAGUGCAAAGUCUGCCGAGGAUGUAUUAAACAUUUUUGACAAAGAAUCUUCUCUUGUGCCAAAUUCAAAGACAAACAGUUUUUUCCAAACGGCUUCUGGGAAAAAUGUGGGUGUUAGUGUAAUGUCUGUUGAGAAUGUGUUAAACAUUUUUGAUAAAGAAUCUUCCCUCGUGCCAGAUUCAAAGACAAGCAGUCUAUUCCAGACAGCUUCUGGGGAAAAUGUGAAUGUUAGUGCUAAAUCUGUCCAAGAUGUGUCCGAUAUUUUUCAUGACCAACCUCACCUCAUGCCAUGUUCAAAAAGAAACAAUCUUUUCCAAACAGCUUCAGGAAAAAACGUGACUGUUAGUUCUAAAUCACUUCAAAAUGUAUCUCACAUUCUAGAAGAAUCAUCUUCCUUGGUACCAAAUCUGGAGUCCAUCCAAAAACUUGUUGCCAACAGUUUUGUUGAAUCCUGCAGGAGAGAGAGUACAACAUUACAAACACCAGGUUUGAGAAAUGGAGAUAGUUUAAAAGAAAAUGAUGAGAAGCUUCAAACCACUCCUGUAUCAAGAUACAACCACAAUAAUUCAAGGAAAUCAUUAGAUUUGGUGUCAAAUGAUGAAAGGAGACCUGUAUACAGUCGCCCAGAGCAGCGUUAUUUUGAUAGACGACAAACAGAUGGAAGACAUUUUUUACCAUUAGAAGCUAAAACUCUUCAACAAAGCAAAGCAAGUUAUGAAGACCAGUUGGAAAGUCUUUUGGUACCACAGAGACAGCAAGAUAAAUCUAAGUUUAUUACACCAUAUAAAAAAACAACUCCAUCUUCUACUGUAUCAUCAACUGAGACUCAAAAUCAUAAAAUAAAUAAAUCAAAUCCCUUUAUAGCAAAACGAUGUCUGAAGUUGGCAACAUCAACAAAAACAAAAGCAGAGUGGCUGAUGGAAAAUUCCUUGGAAACGGAAAACUCUUCAAUCAGUGAUUCUGUCAUUGCAACUAAGAAUGACGAUACCAACAUCAGCAGAGAUGAUUUUAUGUGUCAUAUAGAAGCUGCUAGAAUGCAACAAGACAAGAUCAUACGUUGUAAAAAGAAGCAAAAAAUUCGACCCUUACCUGGUCAACUGAGCUGUAUGAAGGGUGAAAGGUCUGAAUCGAAAAUUCAUUAUGAACAUUUAUCUAGACAAAAUUUAAACAGGCGUGAGUUAAUAAAGCAAGGUUGCUUACAAUCAACGUUAGGUAUCAGAUCAACGUCGGCUGAAGAUCAUAGAUUUAAUCUGACAGAUUUCUAUCCUAAUCUAAAUACAGAUAUACUGGUAGGUGAUGGUGCCAAACUGGUUGCUGAUAAUCAGGGAUUUGCUGGAAAAGAAGAAUUUUAUAGAAGUUUUUUGACAAUGGAAGGAGUAGAUAUCAAUCUUAUAACAGAAGAAUGGCUGUAUAACCAUUAUAGAUGGAUUUUAUGGAAAUUGGCCGCCUAUGAAGUAACGUUAUCAUCUCACUUUGCUGGAAGAUGUUUAACACCGAAUAAUGUCAUGUUACAACUAAAAUAUAGAUAUGACAAGGAGAUUGAUCAGUGUCAAAGGUCUGCUAUAAAGAAGAUAGUAGAGAGAGAUGAUACAGCUUGUAAACGUAUGGUAUUAUGUAUAUGUGAUAUAAAAAAAUCAGUUACAGAUACUAGUGUACAACUUACAGAUUCAUGGUACUCUAUAUGGGCAUGUUUAGAUAUACCAUUACUAGAUCUAAUCAACAAACAAAAACUGGUUAUAGGACAAAAAAUAGUAGUUAGUGGAGCUGAAUUAGUUGGUUCACAAGAUGCCUGUUCUCCAUUAGAUAUUCCAGAAUCUUUGAAACUGAAACUUUGCUAUAAUUCAACUCGACCAGCAAGUUGGUGUAGCAAACUAGGUUUCCAAUCUGAUCCGAGACCAUUAUGUGUACCGUUGUCAACAUUACAUAGUGAUGGUGGUAAUAUUGGUUCUAUAGAUGUUAUAGUUUCUAGAGUAUAUCCUAUGAUGUACAUGGAGAAAAUGCCAGAUGGUGGCUGUGUCUUCAGAACAUCAGAUAUGGAGGAAAAGGAAUCGCGUCAUCAUGAGUGUCGUAAACAGGAACUGAUGGAAAAAAUGUACAGUAAACUAGAAAAACAAUUAGAAUCCAGUGAACAAAACAAUAUGUGUAGAAGAAAAUCAAAUAAAAGGUGGAAGAAAAGUGAAAUAGAAGAAUUAACAAAUGGACAAGAUAUACUGGAAGCUGUAGAAAAUUCUCUACAACCUGAAGAAAUACAUAGUUGGUUAAGUAAUCAUCAGAUUGAUGAAAUGAGAGAUUAUCAACAACAACAACAUGAUGACAAACAACGUAGAUUACAACAAGAAAUACAACAAUCUUUGUCUGAUAAUCAACAGUCGACAUUGGAAAGGAAGGUGACACCAUUAUUAAAGAUAAGAUUAAUUGGUUGCGGUAGAAAAGAUAUAGAUAAUAAAGCUGCUACUAUACUAACAGUAUGGAGACCUAGUCCAGAAUGGUGUCAACUACAAGAAUCUAAACGUUAUAAACUUUACAACUUACAAGCUUCAUUUUCUAAAUCUAGAUUAGAAAGUUUACCCGUGCAUGUAACAUCAACAAGACAAUCUAGAAUACAACAUUUACAUAUAGAUGAAAAUCUACUUGAUGUUAUAUAUGAUCCUAGAGAGGUAUGGAGAAUAAAAGAUUUAAAAGCCAGGCAACCUGCAUUCAAAGAGUUUGAUUUUGUUGGUCUAGUGUUUGAUGUUGAAAAUGGAAGACAAGGUACUAUGCAGAUUGUUCACUGUGUUGAUUUUGAUGGCGGUUUUCUGAAUAUCACAUUUUGGAAUGGAUUAAAGAAUUUUGGUGUUAAAGAUAUAUUGGUUGUGGGCAAGUGUUUUGUAGCUUGUAAUUUAAUAUUAAAAUCACACUAUGGCAGUAAUAUUAUACAAGCUGAUGUUCUACAGGAAGUUACACAAAUAUCACAAUCUUCUAAACUUCCAUUACAUAGAAAAUAUCUAGAGAAAUUUACUACAUUAAAACAGGAAGAAAAAAUUGCCAUUCUGGAAAAUUCUAUAAAAAGAUACCAAGACAGACAUAUGAAGAAAACUGUUGCUAAGACUCCUGAGAAGAUGUACAGUGAUUUACCAGUCGAUCUUGAACAGUUUUUUAGUCCGAUGACAGAAGGGGAUACAUCAUUUGAGAAUCAAGAUGAUGUGUCACAAAAGGAUGUAGAACUAUCUAAAAGAAAAGCUUUAAUAAGAAAGAAAACCAGUAAAUUGUUGGCUUAUGGGUCUCCUAGUCCACUGUCACUGUUAAACUGUUCUAUAUCACCAGCAGCAGCCAAGGCUUUUAGAGUUCCUAUUAUUAAAAAAGAAAACUAAUGAAAAGUCAACUUGGCGACUCUUUUCAGUCAUAUUGGUCAGUCCUGACUAGAGUUUCGGUUUGAAAAUUUUGACAGUUGGGUUUCAAUAAGCUUCCAUUCUCAUUAACAUGUUUCAAGAAAAGAAAAAUAUUUCUUGAUGAUUUUUAUGUAGCUUGUAACAUAUUCUGAAUAAUAUUUAUGAUAUCUGCAAAAAAAACUAAGGUAAAAUAGGUAAAGCUGCGCGAAAGUAUUGUUACUGAAAGGCAGUGAAGUUCACUGGCUGACAAAUAGAGAAUCUUCUACCAGUCCUUUUUGAUAUCAAAAAAUAUCAACACAAGUUGUUAAAGUAACAAAAAACGAGGCUCUGCCGAGUUUUUUUUUACUUUAUCAACGAGUGUUGAUAUUUUUUGAUAUAAAAAAAGACGAGUAGGAGAUUUUAUUUAUCACCCAAUCCCUUCUUACAUGCACAAAUAGAUAAAUAUAUAUCUUUGCUGUAGAUUUCACUUUUACUGAACAUUACGGCGUAGUGAUACAUCAUUUUUUGACAGCAAUUCAACCAUUGCAAAGUCCUUUAUAUUGACCCAGUGUUUCCAUCAAGGUCAAUUGAAUAACAAUAGUUCAUUUUUAAUAAUAAAAAAAGUUACUUUUAAUAAGAAAUGAACUGUUCUUUGAAAAUAAAAAAAAGUAGUUCCUUUUCAACUGACCAAUCAGAUUAUGAAAUAUAUCACACAAGCGAUAUCUACUGUAGAAUGUAUUAUUGGGUGAUAAAUUGAUAUGUUAGUCAAUUUACAUACCAUUAAAUUAGAUAUUUUCCGCUAGAAAUAAAGGAAAUUACUGAUUCAAUUAAAGCAAUGCAAAAAUUGACCAGCCAACACAUUUUUGAAAGAGAUCCGAUCCUAGAUUUAUAAAAUGGUCCCAAUAGAGUUAUCAUUCAGUGUUAACGCUACAUUAAUCGAUAUUUUAUAACUUAUUUUUUUCAAUUUAUUAUUUAUAAUAAAUGUAUUUCAUAACCAAACUGUUUUGGUUGACUGCACGAUUUGAUUUUGUAACAAAAAUUCACAUUCCAAUUGAAACAGUACAUAUAAAAUAAUCAUAAUAUUAUUCAAAUUACAUCAAGGACAGUUAAAUGUAUAUCUUUCAAUUAGUUUGUCCAAUCAGUAUUUUUUUAACAAUCAAAAAUAUUGCCUUUUUUACUUUAAAACAAUAAAAAUCUAAUUAAACACCCCAAUUUUUUGUACUAACAACAAAUAUUCUAUCACACCAUACAAAAUAAAUAUUGGUCUUAACAGUGGAAUUUCUCCCUACUCUUGAUCAUGUUCCAACUGUCAAGGUGUGCACAGAACCUCAGUUUAUAGUCCCAUCCGGGUUAGUGAACCAGUGCCUUAGCCACUGAGCCACAAAUAUAAAUAGGAAUAGGCUUAAUUGACCUUCAGGCACUUAAGCUUUAAGUGAGUGUGCAGGUAGAAAAGCAACAUGGUUAAAGAAUUUUGACAUUUCAGAAUUAUUAAUUAUUAACUCGGAUAAAGAUCACAACAUUUUAUCAAUAAAAUAUAAUAUACAAACUUCACAUAGCCAUGAAGUUAGACUAAUUGAUUUGGAUAAUAUGUUUUUCCUUUUUUGUAUGGUAUGUGUGCCAUAAACUGAGUGUUUAUCUUUGUUCAGGAAUGUUUCCUUUUUUUUCUCCAUAUGAUGAUUUAUAUGAAUGAAGUAGAUUUAAUCAUCUAAAACCUAAACUUCUAAAAUUAAUUUGUGACAAUGAGUUCUUGAUCAAUAAAUAAUGCAAGUUCACAAUGAUUUUUCUUUGAAGAAUGAAAAUCAAUUGUUUGAUUGAUGCCAUACCAUAAGAUAUUGACUCUUCCAUGCCAUAUAAAUACAUGUAUCUAAUUUUACUCAUUUCUAGGAUGUUUUAUAAUAAAGUAUAUUGAUUUAUUUAUUGUGAAUAUCCUGUCUGUAUAGUAACAUAUUGUGGCUGAUUAAUGUGAAAAUCAAUUCAAAACUGUUGCAUAUGUGUGACUAGAAUCUGAUGAAAUUUAAAUGAUGAAAUUAGGGAACAAUAGUCCUUUAUAAGGACCUUACACCAUUUGAGAAUCGGGGGGUUGGAUGGCUGAAUGGUUAGCGUGCACGCGCUGUAUCAUAAAGUCCUUCAUUGAGUCGACUGGCGUGGUUUCGUAUCCCCUGUUGUACGUGACAAGGAGUAUGGUCGCCUGUCCAACCUCGUGGGUUUUCUCCGGGUCCUCCGGUUUCCUCCCACUGCUAAAGACCCCUAUGCGCAAGCGAAUUAUUGAAAUAAAAUUAAAAACCAUGUUAGUCCCGAAAUGACCUAGUUUGUGUCGAGUGGACAUUAAACCCCAUUUCUCUCUCUCUCUCUCCAUUUGAGAAUCAAAAUUUUAUCUUCCAACCUUUGUUUAUAAAGUAAAAAAUAUAUUUAUGGCCACCUAUAAAACAAAAUACAGUGUCAUAUUGUGAAGGCUAUUUGAAAAUUUUGUAUCCAUAGAAAAAUUACCUUUUGUGUUUUUUGAAUUUGUAUUCUACAGAAUUUGCACAAUUUUUGCAGCCUUUUCACAUGAGUUGACUUGCAAGUUUUGUGAAAUGAAUAUUAGUAUCUCUCUACAUUUAUAAUUUUACAUCAGUAGAUUUAAGUUAAUUGUAUGGAGCUUUCCUUGGUCACAAAUCAAAAUAACCUGUAGCCAUUAAGUUAGAUUUAAGCUUUUCUGAGAUGAGAUCUUUUAGCUGGUAGUUAGAAAUCUACAUAAUAUAUUAAGAUAUUGUAAUAAAGAGCAAAGUAUGUCUGUAAAUAGUUAUUUCAAAUCUGUUGUAUGCUGUGGUGUAGUGCUGUGGUAACAAAGUUCCUUUACUUUGUUUGGGAGUGGGGACAGUAUUCACUCACUAUUUCAAGAAAAUCAAAAUUUACAAUCCGUGAAAUGUUUAAUUUCCACUUCUGAAGGUUUAUGAGACAGAUUCUUGAACUGUGUCAAUUCUUUUUGUUUAAUCUGCGGUAAUGCUAACCUAUAAAUAAACUAUUGUAAUUAGGGUGUAGGCACAGUACUUGUUUUAAAACUCUUUAAAAAAUAAUAGUAACUCCUUCCAAUUUUUUAAAGGCUAGCGAUUCCUUUUUUUAGCACCAUACCACACUAAUUACAUACAUAUGUCACUAUUUAUGAUGAUGAUUUAUUCAGACAUUUAAUGAGGUGUAUGCCUGCUGUAUUUAGGCUUCAGGCAGAUGAAUCAUAUGAUAAUAUGAUUGUAAAACAGUCAUGUAGAAUAUUUAUGUUAAAUUUUGUUAAUUAUAAAAUUGUUAAAUGCUUUAAAAUAUAAAAGAAAAUAAAUCUUAUAUUUAUAAUGUUUA